AUGAUCUCGUAUCAGAGGUACUGUGAUCAAUUGCAUCAAUUGUACGAUUCUAAAACCCUGCAGAAUCAAAUUGUGGUUCAGGUGGUUCGUCUUUUGGAUGAUUCGAUCUUACUGCAAACGGCUGUACCAUCUACAGCGAAGGACCUUUCACAUCUCGAGUUGAAGAUCACAUAUAGUCAAGUAUAUCAGGAGCCAUUACUACUCCUACGAGUAUGGCGAAAGGACCAAUCUCAAGAAGAUGAAUCCGAUUUCGUGUCGUUGUGGUUCCCUCAAGACGUCAGCGCUUUGCUUGGCAUAGACAAGAGUUUUCAACUCGAAUUGGAUGCAGUGGUCUCGCCUACUUCGCACCUUCAAGAAACCUGGUACUCGAUCCACCCCUGUGAUACAGCAGAGAUUGUUGGAGACCAGGCUAAAUACGCCGAUGGGUACUUAAAUAGAUGGUUAAGUGUCUUUUUGUUUAGUUGGUUGAUUUAA